CAAAACACCUCCCGUCGCGACUCCUGUCGCAGCGCGAGGGGGCUGGGCGCCGGCCCCCCCCCGCGCGCCACGGAUGGUUGCGCCGCCCCGCUGCAGAACGUAGCAAAGGCGCGCAGGGGCGGCACCUCGGAGCGGCCCGCCCCGCGCCAUGGCGUCGGGGCCGGACGCCUCCGAGGCCACGCCGCUCUUGGGCCGCGCCGCCACCGACGGCUUGGGCCGCGUCGCCACCGACGGCGACGACAGACGGUGCCAGCAGGAGGGCCACCCCAAGGACCCCGAGAGGGAGAUUCCGCUGGGCCUCGCGGAUAGACAUGGCCGCGCAGCGCAAGUCUCUGCACGAGUGGAGCAGGGAGAAGCUCAGCAGGGUCAAGAGCAAGAUGUCUCACUCCUACAAUUGCUACAGCCUCUCCCAGAGCCACUGCAACAUUGACACCAACGAGGAGGGGUACACGACACUGGGAGGCUAUGAUGUCCAGAAGCUGACCACCAUGCGCGUCUUCUACGUGUAUACUGGCACGGUUCUCGAAAGCCCGAUCCUGUGGAUAGAAAUGGCAGUCAUCGCCGUGGUCUACUUCCUGACGUUCACGGUUCUGAUGCGAUACAGGUGGCAGGGGUUCAGCGCCUUCGUCGGGAGCGACACAGAAGUGAGAGCCUUCAUCUCCAUGUUCUCCACGCUCAUCGGGCUGCUCCUGUCUUUCUACACAUCGCUGAACAUAGGCCGCUGGUGGAACAUGCGGACCUGCGGUAUUGAGAACAUUGCCCAGGGCGCGUCCAAGCUCACCAUCCUGCUCUCGCAGGGCGUCACCAGGAACGUAGAGAUCUUGAGCGCCGUCCGGCGGUAUGCCAUCGCUUCUUUGAUGCUGUUCUUCCUCAAGGACAAGGACGGGGAGGAACGGCUGGACAAGCUGGUCGAGAGGGAGGUCCUGACCCCCGAGGAGGCCAAGCAGCUGGCCAGCGCGGGAGAGAGCGAGUGCUACCCCGAGGCCCUGUGGGUCUGGCUCGCCAACAUCGUCUCGCAGUGCAACCAGGCGGGGCUCGUGAAGGGCCCGCCGCACUACUGCGCCCUGCUCUCCGCGGUGGAGGUGGGGCGCAGCGGCGCGGCCGUGAUCAAGGCCUUCCUGGGCACACCCAUCCCCAUGGGGUACGUACACCUCUUGGGCCUGAUGGUCAAGCUCCACAACGUUAUCCUGGCACUCCUCAUGGCCCUGGUGUCCGUGAAGCACGCGGGGCGCUAUGACUCGGUGUCCACUGCCCGUGCCGUGUUCCGGUGCUUCUUCAUGCCGUUCUUGUACAAUUCCAUCCUGAUUAUCAACGAUGAGCUCACAGACCCUUUUGGCCACGACAUGUCGGACUUCCCCGCUCACGUGAUGUGCCGACGCCUCAACAGUGACUUGUAUAGUUUCGUCGAGAUGGGCGACAAUUUACCCGACUGGAUCGAGAACCUCGACCUGAAGAAAGAGGAGGCGUAG